AUGUAUAGUUCAAAUGUUUGCGGUAUCUACAAUUCAUUUUGGCAAGCUUACUACACUUACGUUUGUUUUUGGUUUUUAUACAUGGCAAUUCCGAUCACCAUAAUGAUGAUAUUUGGUAUACUUGCAUAUCGAAAUUUACGUGGUUUGACAAGUGUACAGUUGCAAGGUGCUGACCAACAACUUACCUUGAUCAUCUGCGGACAAAUUUCUAUGAUUAUUAUUACUGUUCUACCAACAUGUAUUCAAAACGCUUACGCACAAAUAACAGUCACUGUGAACAAAAGUGCUGAACAGAAGAAUUUAGAGUUUUUCAUUGCAAAUAUCAUUAGCUUUUUAGCGGCUAUUGGACUUGGAGGUACUUUCUAUAUAUUUCUUGUGAUUUCAAGCACUUUCCGUCGGCAAUGUAAACGAUGUUUAUUUCACUUUUGUCUAAAUAAAAAUGCUACUGUAGCACCUAUAAAUAAUAGUACAAGUGCUAAGCAACCGAACACAGGCACUGAUAAUAUUGCCGUUUUUCUUGACCGCGGCGAUGGUUCAUUUGCAAAUCGAACAACAUAUUCAACUGGUUCAUCUUCAUCUCCGUAUUCUCUCUCUGUAGAAUAUUUUAAUAAAGAUGCAUAUCUCGACAUAAUUGUUGCUAAUUAUAAUAAUAAUAAAGUUGGCGUUUUUCUAGGACGUAGUAAUGGAAUAUUUGAUAUCGUUAUGCUUUAUUCAAUGUCAUAUGGAUCUCAUCCAUCGUCACUUGUUGUUGCCGAUUUUAGCCGCGAUAGAAAGAUGGAUUUUGGUGUAAUAAAUAAUGGUACUGACAGUUUUAGCAUUUACUUACAAACUUGCUAA